AUGCUCACGCGGAGGAGCCCCUUUUCGAAGCUGCUGAGCAGCAGGACGGCGCAUGCCGUCUUUAGAGGAGGUCUCCCCAAGUUAGCUUCUCUUUCCAGACGGCACAAAAGCAGUACCAACCAAUCGCAAGACGUACCCACGAAGGAGACAAGCAAUCAACACUUUAGUCACCACAAGUAUGUGGAUUUCUACCGAGAUGAAUCAAUGAGCGUUGGUAUAGUAACCUUUAGAAAUAGCAUUAAUGGUAAAAAAAAUAUUUUUGGAGAUUUUCUGGAAGAGCUGAAAAAUGUCAUCGAGCAUAUCACCAAUGUCAUAUCGAAUGAAGAGACGAACGCUUUUUACAUAAAAGAAUUUCCACGGAGAGAAAGCUACUUGGUGAAAAAUUUGCGAAACAGGAUUCCUUACUUGGACAACAGAUUGAAGGUGCUCAUCUUUAGCUGGGGGAGUGGGCAGUCGGAGGGUGGUGCGGCUGCCAUCAGUGCUAGCACCACCGCGGGUACCACCUCUAGCACCACCGCGGGUAUCACCUCUAGCACCACCGCGAACCCCACCGCUGCCCCCCCCGCUAGCACCCCCGACUAUAACUCCUUCCUGAAGAACGACGAGCAGCUGAACGUGCAACUAGCCAAUUCAUUCCGCUACCUAUGCAACACCAUCCAGCAUCUGCCCCUAAUCACAAUCAGCAGCAUCAACGGUCAGUGCUACAACAGCGCAAUGGAUCUCAUGAUCUCCACGGAUUUCAAAUUGUCAUGUGAAGGAAGUACCUUCGGUUUUAAUAAGGCACAUCUGGGAUUAUUUCCCUACGGAGGAAGUACUCAAAAAUUAUUUCGAGCCAUUCCAAUGAGUUAUGCAAAGUAUCUCCUACUUACGGGAGACAUGAUAAGUGCCAAGGAUGCGUUGAGGAUUAACCUAAUAGAUAUAUGUAUGAAUAAAAAUGAGGACUUUUUUAUUGACAACUGUUGUGUUCACUUUGAUACGAGUUUGACAAAAAAGCAGAAGAGUAUCAAAAUGAGCAUCAUGGAGGGCAUGUCGCUCGCCGAGCCAAACUUGUAUUUGGAUCACGACAGGGCUGUCUUUGAGCGCAACAUGAACGCUCCUCAGAGGGGAGAGAUUCUCGCCUACUUGAAGCGGAGAGCUAGCGGCGCGCCCGCAGUGCCCACCUAG